CAUUUAGACAUUUCUUCUGUAUUGAAUUAUUUUUCACGGACUUUGGGUGUAUGUAGAACACUUGCCAAUGUGAAAAGUCGCCGCGCUUGCUAGGCUGUCAAAUCGGAGGCAAUCCCUCUGAAAUUAUUCAAAAAUUGCAGUUUAUUUGCUAAAACAAAAUGUCAUUGAGGUUGUGUAUUCUAAAAGUUGAGUGCAGUGACAGGACAACGGGGGAUUCCUAUGUUCAUGGAGUAAGGAUAACACCCUAAACGGCAGUUAUCGCAGGUGCGAUUCGUGCGCGCGUGCGUGUGCAUGUGUGUGUACGUGUGCGUGUUUGUGUUAGUGAGAGAAAGAGGGAAUGAGGGAGAGAGAUCAGGCUCGUAUGUGUGGGGAGCGGGGUGUAAAUAGAGAGAGAGAGAGACCGCGCGUUUCAUCCUGGGAGACAGAAUAAGCAACUUUGUAACCAGGCACAGCUUUGUCUCCUCAGGCUCAUCGCGUUAUGAAAAGAGAAUUUGUCAGAUAUGGUUGAUCAGCAUUUCUUUUUAUCCUCUGUUGUGCAUUGGUGAUGGCUAACGUGCUCAUAACAUAUGCAUCUGAGAAUAUUAGUAAGUCCUAAAAUGGAACAUACGUUAUCAUACCUUACGAGGAACAUUCAUAUUUUCCAGUGAAUGAGAUGACAGUGCAUACUUGUGGCUGCACAACAGCGCGAGUUUGGCCGUUGUCAUGAAAAUGCAUCUCUGGGUUGCAAUAACACUGUUGGUGGCUACGUCAGCAGGCACCGUUGAGAUGUUUGACAGUUACGGUGAGAUAUGUCGCAGGCUGUGUGCCUGCGAGGAGAAGGAAGGGAUACUGACUGUCGGCUGUGAAAGUAGAGGGAUUGUCGAUCUCUCUGAAGUAAGCCCUGUGUACUUCACAACGUAUCAUCUACUGCUCACAGGGAACCUUCUGAAAAGACUCGCAGCAAAUGACUUUGUCGAAUACAGUGGGCUUACAAUAUUGCACCUGGGCAACAAUGACAUAUCCGAUGUUGAAUCUGGAGCUUUUAAUGGACUCCAGGGAUUAAAAAGAUUACAUCUCAACAAUAACAAAAUCGAUUCCUUGAAGGAAGACUUUUUUGUUGGCCUUGAAAGUCUGGAAUAUCUUCAGCUAGACUACAAUUACAUCACCCAUGUUGAGCAGAACGCCUUCAGCAAACUGCGUCAUCUGGAGGUGCUGAUUUUAAAUGACAACUUAAUUUCCACUCUUCCCACAAACAUUUUCCAAUAUGUCCCUUUGACUCACCUGGACCUGAGGGGAAAUCAAUUGAAACUGCUUCCAUACUCUGGUAUUUUGGAACACAUGGAUAACGUGGUGGAGUUACAACUAGAGGAGAACCCAUGGAACUGCUCCUGUGAGCUGAUCACUCUGAAGGCCUGGCUUGAAAGCAUAUCCUACACCGCUUUGGUCGGUGAUGUGGUCUGCGAGUUCCCAUUCCGGCUUCAUGGGCGAGAUCUUGAUGAGGUUUCGAAACAAGAACUGUGCCCCAGGAGAGCCAUUGCACAGUAUGAGAUGCAGCCCCAAGCACAUCAAAACACUGAUGCAUACUUUAGAACCCCGCCAUCCUCGGUUAUAGCCUACACCUCCUCUGCCAUCUUACGAUCCUCGUCAAGGCCUACCAAGGGACCUCGCCAGUCAGGCAAAUUAAAGUCAAAACCAACAUCUCGCAUUCCCUUGAAUAAACCACAAAACUAUGGUCAAAUUGUAUCCUAUCAAACCAAAUCCCCUGUGCCUUUAGACUGCCCCACUGCCUGCACUUGUAAUCUUCAAAUUUCUGAUCUGGGUCUGAACGUCAACUGCCAGGAAAGAAAGAUUGAGCGUAUCUCUGACUUAAAUCCCAAACCCUACAACCCCAAAAAGAUGUAUCUCACAGGUAACUAUAUCCCUGUUGUGCGGAGAUCUGAUUUCAUUGAAGCGACCGGAUUGGAUUUGCUUCACCUUGGCAACAAUCGAAUUGCUCACAUACAUGACAGGGCUUUUGGGGAUUUAACUCAGUUGCGCAGGCUUUACUUGAAUGGGAAUUUGAUAGACUGCCUCACCGCCGACAUGUUCUACGGACUGGAGAGUCUGCAGUUCCUAUAUCUAGAAUACAACGUCAUCAGAGAAAUAUUCCCAGACACCUUUCAGCGCGUCCCCAACCUUCAGCUGCUCUUCCUGAACAACAACCUCUUGAAGACCCUGCCCGGGGGCAUCUUCGAAGGCUUGACGUUGGCCAGACUAAAUCUUCGCAGCAAUCACCUCCGCAGUCUGCCAGUCGGCGGCGUUCUGGACCGGCUGACGUCGCUGGUGCAGGUCGACCUGUUCGAGAACCCUUGGGACUGCCAGUGCUCCAUAGUGGAGAUGAAGACCUGGCUUGAGCGCCUCGGCACCGGCGCCGUCGUCAACAACGUCAUCUGUGGCUCGCCCAAGAGGCUGUUCGGGGAGGACAUGCGAUACAUCAAGGCAACAAGCUUCUGCCCCAAUAACUCGGACGCCCUGGCCUCGGCAGCACCGCCCUCUGAGGAAUCUAUUCCCGGGAGCACUAUCACCAUAGAAACGUCCUUAGACUACGAUACGCACACGGACAGCGUCCCCCUGUCCGUCCUGAUACUAGCCCUGCUCCUGAUGUUCAUCCUGUCGGUGUUUGUCGCCGCGGGGCUCUUCGGGGCCGUGAAGAAGAGGCGCCUGAAGACGCUGAGUGAGCAGAAUAACUCCAUGAACGCGUGCAUUAGUUCGCUGAACAUGGAGUACGGCCUCUACAAGAAGGGGUCCAUCCCCAAAGUCAGGACGUCCGCAGGGCAUGUGUAUGAGUACAUCCCCCCUCCUAUAGAACACACCUGCAAAAGCCCUGGCUACUGCCCCGCGGACAACAAGGCGCUGGAUGUGUGCAUUGACUUCGACGAGCUAAGUGGGGCCUAUCUGAGUAACCAGUCGGACGAAGAGGCGGGCAGUAACGCAAUAAGUUCUGAGUACAGUGUCAGCACUCCGGAGCCACUCGGCAGACCCUGCCCCCUGCAAGACGACCGUCAGUGUUACUAUAGAGACAUUCUGGAUGCGGACAAGCCCUCGUCCUACAGCAAUACUUUACCGUGCAGACAUGCUGCCCAUUCGUCCAAUCGUUAUACCUCAGACUUCGAUGUCAGACACCAGUACAUGCACCCGGAGAGAAUACAACAGACGAUAUUGUAUUGCACAGCGCCGACUACUGCUCACGUUGAGCCGAACAGGAGUGAGUACUGGGAACUAAAAGCCAAGCUUCAUAUCGAUCCUGACUACCUUGAGGUUCUCGAGAAACGUACGACAUUCACCCAGUUUUGACUUGUGUUUUUCCCUGAACAGCUGGCCAUUGCUACGCUUGUUGCACUGGUACACUGUAUUCAUGAAGAAGACAUUUGUGAAUUUUAGCGGUACUGAUUUCUAGGUUUUGAAUUGAGACAGCAAGCAGAUGCUUCCCCUAACAACAUUAAGCAAUGGUUAUCUUGUCUUUUAAACUGUAUAUACCUUAAUACAGCUGUUUGCUAUGGUAGCUAGGCCACCACAGUUUUACAGUCAUUGCUUUGAGAUAAGAAUUGUCAGGUUAUCCAAUCGGUGUGCCAACAGCUCUAUGUAAAUAUGCAGUUUAAGUACGCUUGUUGCACCUUUUUCUAACAUAGAGGCUUAACUGGCUUCUGUAUGCAUAUGGGUAUUUGUGGGUUCAUCAACUUUAUGGAAAAACUAUGUUUUUUUUAAAAAGAUGUGGUAAAAUCCAUGCUUCAUAAUUUAUUGGUGGUUUUUAGGUGGAACAAUUUGCUCAUAUAGCCUAGAUUUUAAUAAUUGUCUAUUUUUAUACAAGUAUUUGAAGAUUUUAGCCUAAUUCUUCUGUUUUUUGUUAUUAUUACUUUGCACACAAUGCACUGGACUGAACAGGUCAAGAACAAAUAUGAUGUCACUUCCUUAUAUAUUAUGUGCGAUAUUGUGCGGACUGUAAAUAAGCAUUCAUUAUUGCAGACGUGAUUCUACUGCAUCAUGGAGAAGUGAUGACGUUUUGCACUAUGCCUGCAUAAAGCCUUUUCUUUUUCCAGGAUGGAGAAAAUCCUAAACGUCCCAGUUUUAAAUCUUUAGGUCUACGAUAUGUAAUGCAUUGAAAGGAAACAAACAAUACUUCUGGUGACUGCCACAUUUAUACCACAUCCUUCAAUUGUUUUAACAUUUGUAAAAAAAAAUUACAAAAUUGGUGUUGCGCAACAUGAUAUACUAAUUAAAAUUCAUCAUUAAACAGACACGUUUUCGGCUCUGGUACUCUCACUGCGGUUCAUGAGAAGUCCACUCAAAAAAGUCUAAAGACUAGUAACUCCAUGUGUCGGUUCUAUAAAGGUGGAGAACCCAAAAAAAGCACUCCCCCAGAGGCACCACACUUGAAUGCCAUGUUGUUUUGUUGGCAUUUCCUAAAGCCUGUGAUGAGAUAAUGUCAGAGGUUGCUCAGUAUGUGCUGAUAAGCAGACUGGCUUCAGAAAUAAUGCAUUCUAACCCAUUUCUGGGCCAACUGGGUUAGCAGAAAAAAAACAGACUUUUCAGCAGAAUUUUUUUUAGAUCAAAAAGCAAUGAGAAAGACUUUCCCCUGUUGAAAUGCAUUACACUGUAUCACUCUGUUAGUGGGUCCUGUCAGUCUGACUUAAUUCUGUGUUGAUGAGAUGGAGGUCGGUCAUGGUGUCUUUGAUUUCUGUCUGCAUGUCGUAUCAUUCAUCACAGAAUGGCAUGAAAUUGUUUUUCUUGGGUCUGAAAUGGUACAAGACUUUAAUUAAUAUACAACAUGGUUUACUAUCUUUCCUUCCCCACCUAAACCACAGUCGGUUCCCUGUAUCCAUAUACAGUAAAGUUAUGAAGUUAUUCAGUAUAUCACAUGCAAAUAGAUAAUGUUUUUGCCACAUUCCUGUAUAUCAAACAACUUGUGACAAUUUGGUGUGACUCAAACAUUCUUGUUUAUAUGAACAAAGUAAACCAUCAUUGUUCUUUUUAUUUUUCUUCAUUAUUAUUUUUUUUUUACAAGCGAUUUGUGAAUGAGGUCCAGCGAGUGUUCUACUUUGGUAAUUUUUUAUUGACUCGUCCCCUUAGUUUUCAUAUGUAAGUGAUUUUGAUGAAUUAUAACUUACUACUUCAACUUUGUAAAUAGAAUGUGCCAGUGGUAUGUGCCAGUUUUGGACUGCUGUCUCUCGGAGCGCAAGGUCAGGUUUUCACUGUGAAAACACAGAUUGGGAGGAAAUGCAAGUUGGAAAUAAGACGUGAGCUCAGAGAUACAUGUAUCUUAAAAAGUGCUGUUUCUUCUACUGUGGAUGCCAAUGAAUAAAACAUGUGCAUUAAUUCAA